GAUGAUGAAGUAACAGAUACAGCCGAUGUGAUUGCAUGUCAACAGCAAGUACAUAUUAACCAUGAAGCCAUGCAUGUACCCUCACUUCAAAAUCCAUUUGGGAGUGAUGAAGACAAGCUAAUCUUUUUCAGUGGUCUUCGUGAGGUAAUUGCUCAGGACAUCACACCAGAGAGUUUCGGGUUGACACCAGUGGAGUGGGGCUCAGAUGGAUAUCCAACAAUUGAAUCUAUUUGCAUUGCCAAAGACAUGGACAUUUUGUUAGCAGACUCAAUUUGGUAUUCCCAGGCACAUCUAUGGUGCCAGGCUUUAUCCACAUUGUCAUAUUACUUA